UUAAGGACUAAGGAUAGUAUCACACUAUGAUUUACUAAUUUCUUUUCCUCUUUUAUUGUUAACAUACCUAGGUUCCUGCCUGGAGGAUUUGGUGAUCCCCUGCUACUAGACACGUAAGCCUGUUAAGCGAAAGCUUCUUCUAUUCCGUCCACAACCAUUUGAACCAUUUGAACCUUGUUCGAGAGGGAGUUCAAUAUAAACAAGGUCGGCAUCGGGAAUUGGUCGUCCAGAUGAUUGGUCAGUCACAGUCAUGUCCAAGCUGCAGGUCUAGCAAGUACAGUAACCCACAGUUAAAAUUGAUGGUUAACGUAUGUGGUCACUCACUGUGUGAAAACUGUGUCGAAGUGCUUUUUGUUCGAGGUUCAGGUUUAUGUGCCCAAUGCAAAACUCCUAUACGCAAAACCAGUUUUCGUUACCAGCUGUUUGAGGACCCUUUGGUACAAAAAGAAAUAGAUAUUCGCAAAAAGCUACUGGGCGAUUUUAAUAAACGUGAGGAUGAUUUUGACUGCUUAGAAGAGUACAAUCUCUACCUAGAAAAAAUAGAAAGCCUGAUUUACAAUCUUACAAACGAUAUAAAUGUCGAAGAAACAAAACGUUAUAUUGAGAAUUAUAAAAAGGAAAAUAAAGAGAUAAUCAAGAAAAAUCGAACUAAACCUGUAAGUUAUUUCCGUGAUCACAUUUGUCCUUGAGUUUCAGUAACACUGGUCUUAUUUGUGUAUGCAAUUACUUGUAUUUCUGAUCAUAUGUUCUCUAAAAUGUCUAAUAAAUAACGGCAAAAUUGGGUGUUAUUAAUGUGUAAGUGGUAGUAAUUCUUAAACAUUGUCUGUCACCCUGAGUGACCGCUUAGUGGUUUAAAUAUACUGACUCAACCUAUCGAUUCAUUGAAAUAAACCGAAUUAUUUGUUGCUUUAAACAACGUGAUAAGUUGUAAGUCCCCACAACAUACUAGUUGAAACCUUGUGCAUGAGUACAUCUGGUUGCGAAGUCUUAGGCUUAUUCUCAUUCAUCGUACUACCUUCGUUUGUAUCAUUACAUCUUACACCAUUCAUGUCUGGUGUAGAAGAAAGUACUGUGAAUCAGACUGCCAUAUACGGUAACAUGAAGGUUUAUUUUCACCCAGCUUACCCUAAUUCAGUAAACGUACGGUCACCACUUCAGAUGUCACGUAAAACUAACGUGGUUUGAUUGUUUAUCACAAAUUAUUUUAGUUGCCCUCGUAAUGGGUAUCUUGGGAAUUCCCCGUAAAUUAAAAUGGCUAGGUGAAGUGUAAUCCAUCGAUUAAUUAACUAACCAACAAAUAAUGUUCUUAUUUUCAAACUUAUUGAUAUCCCAAGUUGCGCGAGUUAUAUGGGGUCGUAAAUGAAUAAUCAAAGCGUUGUUUUAUGCCACACUUAACACGUAGUUCGAGUAUACAAUAUAUCGCCUUAUCUUUCGUGCCUUAAAUCUUGCUCUGAAUACCACCUGUCAGCUGUCACAAUUAAAAAUAAAAAUACAUCUUAACAUUUAGCUGAUGUAAUAGAAUCCUUUCUCAUUGGCUGAGUUUGGCGGUUAUAAAUUUGCUUGACAUAAACGUUGAUUAAAAAUGUUCCUAAAUACCUUAUGUGACUGUAAUAAUUUUUGAAGUUGAUUUUUUUCUAAAGACAAUUUUCCUUCAGAGCUGAUUCAUCAAGUUAUGUAGUCUAAGCAUAGUGAGUGAAGCGACCGAAAAUAUUGACCAUUUCACUUCUAUCUACAGUACGCUGUGACUGGCUGGCUACCAACCGUAGUGGUUACUAGUAUUUUCUCACAGUUGUUUUCAAAAAAAUUGCUCAAUUAUGAUGGAAGAACUGAGUAAUGCUGGAUUUAGGGAUACGGUACCAGAUCGUUCGUGUGCUAUUAGCCUUCAUUAACUACGGUUAAAAAUUAUUUUACGCGUGUUUAACUACUUGCAAGGAAUCUGAAUAAUUGAGUCAAGAUGUGGGGUCAUUCCUUGAAGUUAUUGACUGUUUGAUUAAGUCGUGCUGUUAGAUGAAAACUACCUGAUUACGGUCUGUUCUAUGAUCGGAAUCAGUGGCUAGCGAAUCUUGAGCGUCAUUUUUUCUUCCUAAAUAGCUUCAUCCCAGGCCAUAUCAAUAUUUAUUAUUCUUAACUAUCAUACUACCACCAUCUCGAUUCCGUCAAUAAUCACCUUCCCGAUUUGAUCUUAUUGUGCUUAUCUAAUAUAGUAACAUAGAUUGACGCAUUUGUUUUAGGGUAUGCUUCCAUUUACUUUUCAUCUUGUCUCUUUCUUCUCACUUUGCUGAUGUGGGGCUUAGCAAUUUGGGCCGGGAUGCAUUUGUGCUAGAUCCUACUUUUCACAACUGACUGAUUUCCUGGCUAUUCCCUAGUAUGUCUUGUUUUUGAACAAUUUUGUAUAGCUCUAGGUAAUUUCUUAUUCUGUUUUAACAAGGUAAAGGUCAUUAAGGAAUUCGGACUCCUGAAGCGUCGUAAGUCACUAACCCCAAAGUGUCUGCUCUCAGCUCUUUUCAGUGGUAGUGAUGAAUAUGUAGUCAGAAAACUAACUCGGUUGUUUGGGAGGGUUUGGGAGACGAAAUGUUCCGGCAUCUUGUAUCGAAGUGAUUGCCCUUCCUAUCUUUUAAAGUUUCCACGUAAUCUAUGUCAUGACAGUUGGGGGACAAGUGUGGUUUCUAUCGAGUCUGAGUUAUUUGCACUCAUCAUAAUCUGCGAAUUGUACGAAACCCGUGGAAGAAUAACGCAUAAAGAGCAGUGCGGUUUUUGUUCCGGCUAUCGAUGUAUAAAUAACACCUCCAAAUCUUGGUACCUUUUCACGCUUUUUGCCGACCAACUCCGUGUUUCUUAAUAUCAAAGCUGUCUUAGAUUCACUGAACACUAAUCUGUAAAGGCACUGUUUAUAAACGCAUGGGGAAUAAUUAGGAUAUACAAAUGCCUCUUUCUGUUGUUACAUUUCAGCAGUGGAAUUAUGAGAACGUUUGCUAUUCCCACUAUUUAUAUUCGACCUUGCUACCAAUGAUUUUCUAGAAACAGCUCUGACGGAAGUACAUAGUGAUGCGGAUCUGUUUUUUGAAGACUUUCUAGUCUUGAGUAGCUGGGUCAUAUUGUGAUGCUACGCGAUGAUACUCAGGUUAUACAAAUAACAUUUAAUGAGUUGAUGAUUAGUUUCCGUAAAUUGGGCAUGUAACUUGCACCCAAAUGCAAAGCACUUUUCCAAGACUGGCAGGAACAUGUGUCUGCACCUAUUCUGUGGUGAGCCGUUAAGAGUAGUCAGAAGUUCUUUGUACCUUGGUAUUUGUGUGAGUGCUGGUAUUGACCUGAUAGUUAAAGUUAAUGUACGUAUGGUAAAGGCUACAGUGGCUUAUUCUAAUCUGCGUCAUAUUGAGCAUCGUCAUGAUGUUCGUCUGGCUGUAAAGGGUUAGGUUUACAACGCAUUGGUGCGAGUUUUUCUCUGCUUGUGAAGCCUGGUCUCUGAGUUAAGGUUUCUCAGCAAUUCCUUGUAUUCGACUAUCGUUGUCUCCGAAGGGCUGCUGACAUUCAAUGACUAUACCAUGUACUGCUGAGGUUCAGUAGUAUGUUCUUGCCGAGUGAUGAUACUUUAGUUGUGGCACGGAAUAGAAGCCAAUGACAAUCCUAUUCUAGCUUCCUGUGAUGUUUUUCGUAACAUUUAGAAAAUUUUCCUUAACUGAAAGAAGUUACCCUUAAGCAUAUUUUCAACUGAAUCGUAUCUCUUUUUAAAAACCAUUCUUGUUAAUUUACUCAUUGACCAUACAUCCAUUCCUUCAUUUAUUUUUAAAUAAUAUUAUCCCUUGAUUUGUGUGAGACACUGGUUUUGAUUCCUAAUUGUACCAGAAUCUGCGUUGAUAAUAAACAUUUAGAUUAAACGAAAGCGUUUGGAAAAGUUACUUAGAGGAAAAAUUGUUUAUGGAAUUUAGAAGAUUCGCUUUAUUCCAUGGCAAUCAGUGAUGCUUUUUUAGUGUAUCUGAAGUGACAUUCCAAGUAUGUUGUUUACUCUUACUUUUGUGAAUUACAUUGAUGGUAAUUUUUGCAUGUGCCAAGGUAAUGAAUUACAAUAGCGUACUGUAUACCGAUACUGUGUGUAUUCGUUUGUUCUAAUCUAAUAUGAACAAAAGAGUAAUGUUGUGAAGGAAGAUCAUAACUAGUAUCUGUGAAACCUUAAGUAUUUUAUUGCUUAGAGAUUUACCAAUUGCUUCAAACUGGGUUGUCUGAGAUUUUGGUAGAAUCAGCACUCACAUUUUAUGCGGUACCGGGGAGCUAAGAAAUAUGGUUGCCUAUUUGUUUUCGGGUCACACCGAAACAAAGUGCUUCUUUACAAAUUUAAAGAAACUGUACUUCCUGUGUCCAAUGGAUUUAAACUAGGGUAAAAACUUAUGAGUCAUAAUAGUGUAGUCACUACCUCCUGACUGUAUUACAAGCAGAAGUGGAUGGUAGCUAGCAGUGGGAUCUAGGGCGCACGCUUCAUCCCAUUUGGGACUUAUCAGAUGGAUGUACCUGCAUCCUAGAGUCAGUGCCCACCCUGGGACUCGAACCCAAUACCGUUCGUCUCAAACGCCAUCGCGUUAUCGUCUUAGCUACUGUAUCCAGAGACUGGUCGAUUGCAGUCCAAUACAUCUAUGAGAAGAUUCAAACUACCAAUAUAUAAAAUGGAUUGGACUCCUGACUAUAUGUUCUGUUAGUUGUUAAUUCUCGCAUGAAAGGAUAGUAUAAUGUAACUGAAUUUUGAAGUGUAAUUCCAAAAUUAACUGCUUCGCAAAUAAAUCUUUCCCUUCAUUUUCCUUCGCAGUCCUCCUCGAUGGCAUUUUACGAUUCUGAGUUAGAACGUGAAUGUAUGUUGAGGGAAAAGCGAGAACGAGAGGAAGAAGAGGAAAGUGGAACUUUAAAAGUAUUAGAAAAUACCCGUGGUUCUGAUGACCCUAAUGGUCCAAUCACAACUGAAUCUGAAGGAGAAAAGCGGAAGAACAAUAUUCCCCCAACACCCCGAACAAAUAUGCUCAUUCCACCUACCUCAGCUUUUGGACGUCGGGCUCCUGCGACAUUUAUCCCACCAUCAGUGUACGUCCCUCCUUCAUACAUACCACCACCUACGCAGGCUCUGGGGCAUGCACCCAGUUCUGCGUUCCCAACACGUCCAAUAGUCACUCCUGUGAGCGGUUUUAUGGCUCCACCUUCUAUGCUUCCAGUAGCCCCACCUACUGGUGGUCUCACAAACAACUGGGUCAGUGGAACACACCACAUGAUACAUCUCCCUCCCACAGCUUCUCUUCGGAAACAACAGGACACUGUUUUGAUUCCUAGUCAAAACACGAAUCAUAACGCAAAAAACCAUACAUCUCCACUUCAGUUUGUAUAUGAACCUUAUAUAGUUGAGUUGUGUGGUCCUAUGCCACCACUUUCUAGUAAUCAGCAUAUUCGUUGGAUUGAUGUUCUUCAAAUGUAUGAAAAAACUGUAAUUGCUAAACUCAAUCAUCAAGCACAAACAUCAGCAAACGAUUCCGAAACCAAGCCUAAGUCAGAAACAGGGGAAUUCGACGCUGUAGAUUGUGAUAGAACUGCUGUUGGUAUUAAGACAAAUUACAAGACAGAAGAAAGUUUCUUAAGUGAUGAGGUGAAAAAAGAGUAUGAUAGUGAUGACAGUAACCAUACCGAUAUUAAAAUCAAUGUUUCAAAGAUGGAAGACUCCUGUCCGACAACUAAGUCUUCGGGCCUUUCUUGUCAGCUAACUGCUGGAGCUUGUGGUAUUUCACCUGCUGUUUUUAUAGAAAGAUGUCUGCUAGAAUCACGUUGUGGACUUUUUAUGUGACUUAUAAAAACAAAUCUUAUUGAAGAUAAUUUUUGUACAUAAAUUAUUUGUUUUAGAACGAAAUAUACGUUUAGUUAGAUGUUAUCUUCUGUCAAAAUCUUAGUUUCAUGAUAUUUUUUGUUUGAUGACCAAGUUUUCACUGUCAUUAUUUCGGACUACGGUUCUCUGGAAUUGUUCUAAUUAUAUGGCCGUAUUGGGUAGCCGAGCUUCGCCUGUAGCUCUUCUAGGUUCACUGCCGGUAUCAAGCCCGGGUAAAGAUAGAGGGUUGGACACGGGGUCAGCAACCCCGCCUCGUAGGAAACGGCUUUGCCAAAAAUCCCUAAUCAGAAUAAAUCAAUUGGACCAUUUAAACUCUGCCCUGAGAGUUGGACGAUCUUCAUUCGGAGGAAUUGUGGAGCCACAUGGUGAAAGCCAAGAUUCUCCGAAAGUUAUGAGACCGAUCUCCCCUUCUAACAACCAGAGCAGCAAUUAGUAUAGGUACAUGGGAUGGAUGUCCAGACAAUGUGAGAGACCGGGAGGACCAAUCAGAUACCUACAGAAAUGAGGAGAUACAACUUGACAGUGCUCGGAAUCAGUGAAACCCAUUGGACCCAAGCUGAACAGAAAAGUUUGAAUUCAGGAGAGAUGCUGCUGUACUCUGGUCACAAAGAGGAAGAUGACUCACACACUCAGGGAUUUGCUGUGAUGCUGUCCGUAGGAGCACAAAGUGCACUUAUGGGAUGUGAAUCUCAUGGAUCCAGGAUCAUCAAAGCAUCCCUAAGAGAUUCAGAAGUUCAAUGGAAAACGUGUGAAGCAGGAGAGAGCCUGACAUAACUCCAGAUCACCACCAACUGGUUGUGGCCAAAAUCAAACUGAAGCUAAAGAAACACUGGACAACUGGAGAAACAGUAGUUCAAAGGUUCAAUACAAACUUCUUUUGAAAUACAGUCAAACUGGACGAAUUCAAGAUAGCUCUGAACAGUGUGUUCCAAACCCUACAAUAGCUAUCCAACGAAGAUGAAACUAUUAUGAAGGAUAACUGGAAAGGGAUCAAACAAGCACUAACUUCAACAUGUCAGGAUGUUCUGAGCCGCAAGAACCAUCAUCAUAAGGAUUGGACAUCUAUCGAAACUUUAGACAGUAUUCAAUAAAGGAAGAACAAGGAGACAGCAACUAACAACAGUCGAACAAGAACAGAGAGGGCCAAGUCACAAGCUGAAUACACUGAAACAAACAAGCAGGUGAAGAGGAGCAUUAAAACCGACAAUCAGAAGUACUUGGAAGACCUAGCAGGAACAGAGGAUAAAGCUACAAGAGAAGGAGAUAUGAGACAACUAUAUGACGUAACGAACAAUGUGGGAGGGAAAUGUAGUGAACCGUCGAGACCAAUCAAAGACGGAAAAGGCAGGCUAAUCACUGAAAUCCAAGAACACAUGGGGGGGCACUUUAGGGAACUCUUGAAUGGGCCAGCACCACUGAAUCCACCGGAUAUCGAAGCAGCACAUACAGACCUUUCUAUUAAUGUCACUGCAUCAACGACCAAAGGAAUCAGGAUGGCCAUAAGACAAAUCAAGAGCGGCAAAGCAGCAGGAAGAGAAAACAUAACAGCCGGAGCACUGAAGUCAAACAUAGGAGCAACUGCGGACAUGCUCCACGUUCUGUUCAGGAAUAUUUGGGGGGAGGUUUAGUGGCCCGAUAUCUGACUUUAUUUGAAUCGUAUGAGUGAUUACUAUUGAAAUAAACGUAUCGUCAAUCCUCGUGUAUUACCAGCGACUUAAAUCGCGUCAGUGAUUAACGGAAUUAAGUGAGUCAAAUAUGAAAAUUAAGUUUCAGUGCGUAUAUUUCAUAAAAUCGUUGAUCGGAAAGCGAAGCAAAACGGAACGGCACACAAUGGAGAAGGCGGGUGAAUCAACUCAAUUUAGUUAAAUGUGGAUCGAUAUUGAUAGUCGAACAAAAAUAUGUUACAGUCAUGUGAUGAGUAAGAUGAGAAACGCAUACGCUUACAUAAAAACAGUCAAGGUUGAUAAGCGAAUAACUAACAAGGUCAAAACGUGACUCCAGAAGAAUGAAUAAAUUGGCCUGUCCGGAAGCUAGAAUAAGCUAUAUGGGCUUGAAAUAACAACCGACAUUGCAGAGGAACAAGUGCCAACAGACCGAAAUGAAGAUAUCAAAGAAUGUAGAUCUGAGCAAAUGUGAGAACUACAGAGGGAUCACACUACAAUCAGUACCACGAGAGGUUUUCAACAGAGUGUUGUCCAACCGAAUGAAAGAUUUAGUGGGCACCCAACUUUAGGAUCGACACACCGGAUUGCAUAAGCAUUGGUCGUGCACAGAUCAAAUUGCGACACUACGGAUCAUCAUUGAACGAUCAAUUGAAUGGAACUCAUCACUACCCAUCAACUUCAUUGACUAUGAGAAGGCGAUUGACAGCGUAGAUCGAAGAACUUUAUGGAACCUCUUUAGACACUGUGGUGUACCUGCGAAAAUUGUCAACAUUAUCCGGAAUUCAUAGGAGGGAUUACGCUUCAAAGUCGUGGAUGAAGGAAUGCUGGCAGAUGCGUUCCAAGUGAUGACCGGAGUCAUACAAGGCUGCUUACAUUCCCCUCUUUCUUCCGACAGUUGAGUGUAUUAUGAAAACCUACAUCUGAGGGGAAGCACGGAAUACGAUGGACAGGUUGAAUGCAACUGGACGAUUGGGACUUCGCAGAUAACCGAGCUCCUCUAUCCCGUAUACACCGACAAAUGCAGGUGAGGACAGUCAGUGUAACAACAACACCUGUCUGUAGCAUUAGGGCUCAAAAUACACUAGGGAAAAAGCAAGAUCCUGAAACAAAACACGGGGAACACUGAUUCAGUCACACUUGAUGGAGAGACUCUGGAAGAUGUGGGCAUCAUCAUCGAUUAACAAGAGGGACCUGGUGCAGAUAUAAAGGCAAGAAUUGAACAUAUGGAACUCAAAAGAACUUUCAACCAAUAUGAAUGUCAGAACUGGGAUCCUCCCAGUUAAAGCAGUUUCUGGAUUAUAAGACGAAUGUGAAUGAUGAUUACAGCCAUUGGCUUCUGUUCUCAAUCACAUCUAAUACCGUUUCAAGCUAAUGAGUUGCACCAUCUGUUGGACCACAACCACCGAGAUUCAAAUGGAUCGUUGCGUAAAUUGAUGCUGGUUCAAAUGCCUGAACCUGAUAAAAUCUUACAGUUUAUAACUGAUUUAAAUCAGUGGAACGUUGAUUUACCUAAAGAUUACGCAAAUCUUCAACCAGUCGAUUUAUCUGUACCGAAAUUGCCCGAAUGUCUAAACGAUUUGAAAGCUGAAGAUUCAUUGAACGAUGAAGCAUUUAAAAAGUUAGUGUUGUAGAAGAAGAGAUAAAUAUGUUGGAAAAUAUUGUCACCUCACCAUGUCUCGUGAAUAUGUCGGUCGGUUAUGAAAAUUUCACAUUCGAACAAGUUAUCAAGGAAUUGUUGCCUGAUUUCAUCUUGCCUAUUACUGGGUUUACUAUAAUUGGUCACGUUAUACAAUUUAAUCUCAAAACUGAAGCGUUACCCUACCGUCAUAUUAUUGGUCAGGUUGCUCUUGAUAAAAUACCAAAUAUUCGCACAGUUAUUCAUAAAGCUGCGAAUAUUGAAUCGGCUUAUCGUACUUUUGAAAUGGAAUUACUUGCUGGUGCUCCUGAUUACAUAACAUCAAUGCGUGAAAACAGUGUAACGUUGCACUUGGAUAUUAGUAAAGUUUACUGUAAUCCGCGUUUGGGUACUGAACAUACACGAGUCGUUAACAGUUUGCGUCCACCUCUUCCAAUUAAUGAUCCAUUUCUUACACCGCGACCUAUUCCUGGAGAUCGUGUAGUUGUUUAUGAUGUAUUUGCCGGCAUUGGACCUUUCUCUAUUCCAGCUGGUCGAGCAGGAUGUCAUGUGUUGGCGAAUGAUCUCAAUCCUGAUUCGUUUAUUUGGCUUAAAAAAAACGUUGCCCAAAACUCAUCGCGUAAACGCCCUUUGAAAAAUAUUGUCUGCUACAAUAUGGAUGGACGUGAAUUUAUUCGUGAAAUUCUUCUUCCGCACUACAGAAAAUAUGGAAAUUCUGACACAACUGAAUCAGCUGAUUGUGAUUCUAUUUCACUAUCAAUUGAUCGUUUUGUAGUUAUUAUGAAUCUUCCUCAAUUGGCUAUAGAUUUUUUAGAUGCAUUUGUACCACCAUUGAAUUGUAUAAAAUCAUCAAAUAUCAUUACUGAUAAUAGUGUAACUGCCAAUCUAAAUGAUUCAUCUGUUAUACGUCAGAAAUUUAUUAAACCUUUAUAUAUUUAUUGUUAUUGUUUUAUGAGACGUAAUAUUGAAUCGGAACAAACUAUUAAAAUACGUUUAGCUAAAGCUUUAAAUACAAAUAUGACUGAUUUAUUUCAAUUUAUUAAUUCAAUAACAAAUGAUGAAACAGUUGAUAAUAUGAACAAUGAACAAAUUAAUGAUAAAUGUUUCAUAAGAAAUUGGCAUUAUCGUUUUGUACGAAAUGUUGCUCCAUAUAAAGAUAUGUAUUGUGCUGAAUUUGAAUUAUAUUUACCAAAACUAUGGUUAUUUUAUGAUUAUUCAAGUCCAACAGUAAAACGUUCUCGAACUACUGAAAAUGAACUAAUUGAAUAAAUAAAAAAUAUUGAAAUAAUAAUAAAACGUAAAACAGAAAAGGAGUGAAUAAAUAACUUACUAGUUUUGAUCAAUUGUAAAUAAUAUUUCUAAAUAUUAUUAAAUAUUUUCUUUAAAGUUAAAAAAAGAAGAUUGAAAUAUAAAUAAAAUCUAUUUAGAUAUGACUUGUG